GUUGGUCCUCGCGCACCUCUUCAUACAACUUCAGUAACCGUUAGAUAGCUACCUAGCAGAAACAUGCUAACUACCAGACCUUCCACACUAGUUGUGUUGUUUUCACUGCUUCUCUGAUAGUUACAGACGGUGAACAUGAACUGGGUUGGAGGUUCAAGGAACCGGUUCGUGGUGAAGAAUGAUGCAAAAAAGCAGAGGGAGUUCUUUGAAAAGAGAAAAAUGCAGCAGAAGUUGAGAAACUUGGGAGUCUCUCUGCCAGCAUCCCCUGGAGGCUCUAACGUUAGCUCUGGUAGUAUGGACCUGGUCACUCUGUUUAUAGUCAACCAGAUAGCUGCUAAGAAGGACAUUAAAGAUCCUCCGAAAGUGGCAGUUCUUGGCAGCUCCAAAGGAGGAUCCAAGCAUAAGAGAAAUGAGCCGCUGGUUCUCCCGAUGAGCCCCUGUUCUCCGUCACAGCUGAGUCUGGUUGAGGGCUCAGUACAAGCUCAGUACAGUGCUCAAGGGACAAGAAAAAGAAAGCAUGUUAUUCCACAAGGCUUCAAGUGUCGGCAGCUGUCACCAGUGCUGGAAUCAGCUUUCUCAGACAACAGCGCAUCUGACUACCUGACACCUAUAACCGACCCCCUCAGCCCCUUCUCCUCCACCUCAUCAGCUUCCUCAGGCCAAGGAAUGUUCCCCCUGCAGCUGAACCUCCAGCAGAGAGGCCAGACGCAGGCACAGCUACCUCCCCGCUGCUCCCCUCGCCCCUGGGACACCUCAGGGCUGGAGCAAACCAAGUUUCAGCCUUUCUCCCAGCCCAGAGGUAUGACAGACUGUGUCCCCUGGUCCUGUGGAUCCAACCCACCUCUCUACCAACUGGAGACACCCACAGCAGCUCGAGUCCUGUUUACAAGUCCAGAGCCAGAUAACACAGAGGCCGGGGACCAAGCGAGACGUGAGGUCAUCUUCUCUCUCAACCAACCGGAGGACAAGGAGCCCCUGUUGGACUUCACUCUCAACCAGUCAGAAACUGAGCGGCAGUUUGAGGGAGAUGUCUUCAGGGGCUUCAGUACUGAAGAAUGUGAAAGAAAAGGUUCUCAUUUUGGGAGCGGAACAUCAAAGAUAUACCUCAAAGAUGAAACACCCGCCACAUCUUCAGCACCACAAACUGUCCCUGACCCACAGUGCAUGGAAGUGGAGGGAAGCGACAUCAUACAUCUCUCCAACUACACUGACGUGGACUUUUCAUGUCUGGAACACAACAGCGGGCCAAUGAAUGGCUGUGAAUACUCGCCAAGUUACUCUUGUAGGAGAGGUUACCUCAGUUCAGACUCGGAUGACGAGGAAGAAUGCUGUCAGCCAUGUCUCCUCCAGGCCGCCUCUUCAUAUAUGGACCAAGCCUGUUGUGCAGAUAUCCUAAACCCAAACCAGGGGAAUCCACAACAAAGGCCCACCAAGCAUCCCAGGCCUCCCACCCCGCUCCCGAAACCCCAAAUGAACAUCAGAGAUAAUCGCAAAAUUAUGGAGAACGUAGUUUUCCAAGUUAAAGCAUCAGGAAGUGAUAGCAGCACAGCUCAGUUUGCAUCUCCACAAGCUCAGAGCUCAGUGUGCAAAUGCAAGAAAACACCCGGUGAAAGUCGAGAUGCGGGAACUCAAACUGUCUACAACCCCACAGCUGAGACGCGUGAUGCCUCGACUCAGUGCAGCGUUGUUGCGGACGUUGAAGCCACUGGGUUGUACCUACCACCACCUGUUGAUGUGUCAGUGCAGCAUCCAGCCACAGGGAGGCAAUCUGAUACCGCUGCAAAGCCACACACACCUCCAUCAGGGAAGGCAGGGAGAGGAGAGAAACCCUGGACCGAGAAGAAACCCAGGGGCGGUUCUCUAUCAGGCAGCAGUGUUAUAAACAAACACACUGACGGCAGAGUGAGACCCAUAAACCCCUUUCUAGAUGCUCUGAGCAUCACUGGUGGCAGAGGCAAGGAGAAUAGAGAGGGCAGAGAGGAGAGAGGGCAACAAGAAAAUGGCCGUGUGAUGAAAGACCUCUCAAUCGAAGCGAGAGAGGAGGUCACAUCUGGCAUCCGGGCCAACGGACUCUCAGAGGAGGCCGAGACACUCCAGGAAAUAGCUGACAUCUUGCUCCUGCUCAAACAGAAAAGGGAAGUAAGAUAGAUUUUAAAAAAAAAACUGUUCCGUGCAUGUUUUUAUACAAACCGUUAUUGUUUUAAGCACAUAAACCACAUUAAAUAUUCAAAGUCUUUGUUCUAAGUGUUAUGAAAUAAAGCCCAAAAGCGUUCACUCCGA